AUGCAGUCUUUGCUUCAAUAUCGUCGGGCGGCGGCUGCUGCUCAGGCCCAGAUUGAUCGAGAUGUCGAAAAGGCGAGGGGAAACCUCUUACCCGAUACCAAGCGUAAAGGAGCAGGUCAAGGCCCCUCAGAUGAGGAGAAAAAGGAGGAGUCUGGGCCAGACUCUUCUAUCUCGAAUGAGGGUACUGCCGACAUCGAAGAAUACCCAGUCCCGAUGCAUAGGAACACGACAAACGAGGCAAUUCAGCAAUGUCACUCUGCUGGAGUUGCUCUCAGCCAAGUCCUGACCGGUAUCCAUGUUCGAGAUCACGACGCUAGGGGACACGACGAAAAGAUCUUCGUCGUUGAUUGGCAAGGCCCGGACGAUCCAUUGAAUCCACAGAACUGGUCUCUUGGCAGACGCAUCGGUGUGACAUUGCAGAUCUCUGUCAUAGCAGUCUUUGUCGGCGCUGCAUCAGGCAUUGAUGCGGCUGUUCUACCACAAGCUGCACACUCACUCGGUGUCAGCGAAGUUGCUGAAUCACUCGCUACAGGCCUAUAUCUCGUCGGCAUGGGCCUUGGAUCCUUGGUGGCAGGUCCAUUCUCCGAAACCUUUGGCAGAAACGCAGUCUAUACAGUCUCCAUGGCCGUGUUCAUGAUAUGGAUAAUGGCUGCAGGGCUUGCCCCCAACUUUGGAGCCCAAAUCACCUUUCGAUUCCUCGCUGGAUGUUCCGCGUCAACACCGCUCGUCUGUUCCGGGGGAUCCAUCGCCGACAUGUAUAACAGUCUCGAGAAGACCUGGAGUUUCCCGCUCUAUGCCAUCACUUGCUUUGGCGGCCCGAUGAUCGGCGCUGUCAUGGGCGCCUACAUAGGUCCCUCAACAACAGUAAGUUGGCGUUGGACUGAGUGGUCUAUACUCAUCUCUUCUGGGCUCGUACUAGUGCUGGUCCUCCUUUUCAUGCCAGAAACCUACGGACCUCUGCUUCUGCAGUGGAAGGCUGCACACUAUCGAAGGAUCACUGGUGAUGAUCGAUUUCGCUGCGAGCACGAGAUUACGGACGCCAGUCUCUUCAGUCGACUCAAAGUCAGCAUGACACGCCCAUUCCUCAUGUUAACUGAACCGAUUAUCAUCGCCAUGACCUUGUAUAUCAGCGUCCUCUAUAUCGUUCUUUUCACCUUCCUUGUCGGAUGGCCAUACAUCUUUGAGUACACAUACGACCUCGACCAAGGCCUUGCCAACAUCAUUUUCAUCGCCAUGUUCAUCGGCACCUACAUCAACUUUGUCUCCGUCCCGUUCGUCUACCAGAAGACAGCCAAAGCUAUACGAUCCGAAGGCAAAACCAAGUUUCAGCCAGAAAUACGACUGUGGUAUGCCAUGCUGGGCGCUGCUAUCGCCAUCCCCGUCUCGCUCUUCUGGCUUGGCUGGACCAACUACUCCCACAUUAGCAUAUGGUCCGCCAUUCUUGCCGUUGUCGUCUUUGGCUACGGCGUGACAGGCGUUUUUAUCUGCGUCUAUAUGUACAUCAUCGAUUCUUAUGAGAUCUACGCCGCCUCGGCGCUUACUUUUGUCGCCUUGACUCGAUAUGUCAUUGCAGGAGGAAUGACUGUGGUCGGCAUCCCCUUUUAUGAGAACAUGGGUACACACUACACGCUCACCAUAAUGGCUUGCAUUUCGGUCGUUCUUGCAGCUAUUCCUUACAUCUUGUAUUUCCACGGGCAUUCGAUACGGGCCAAGAGCAGAUAUGCGGUUGCGAGGUGA